AGGCGCCGCGUGUAACGUUAGCACCUCGGACGAGGUGGAAUUCAAAUUAGCCCGCGUUAUACGAUUGUGUCCUCGAUAUCGGUUUCCGUCGCAGGGACGAUGGCGGGCGAUUGAGAAGAGGGCGAGGAGAGUAAGUCGACGGAUGAUCAAACGCAACCGGGACGGGACUGGGCAGACAUUUUGGGAAGACUCGCAACGGGGCGACGGUUGAGGCUCCGCGGAGUUGGCCGAUCCACAGUUGCGGCCCGACUGGGAGCAAUGGAGGAAGGAGAUGGAACAGAGGGUAAGGCGCUGGGUCACAGCGGACGUGACUGACGAACGUGAAGAGGACGGGAAUGAUGACGUUGACGUGCGUGUGAAGAAUGAAAAUGUGUACGUGGACGACGGGGCGGCGAAAAGAAAACGAGGCGUGAAGGGCGAAGAUGUGGGACCCGAAACCAGAGAUGCGGAGGAGGAGGGGUUGGAAGUUGACCGAGUCAAGGGAGUUGCGGGGAGGGUUUGCGGAAGUGAGGGAAAAGAGGUGGGGGGAGAAACCGAAGCUGAACAAGACGUGAGGAGGGAGGACGAGGAAAAGUGAAAGGGAGCUGCGGCGGGGAAGCUCGGGAGGGUCAGGAGAAGAUUCUCGUGGGGCUGGGUGUGAUGAUGAUGAUGAUGGUAAAAGAUCUGUCCGCAACGAAGAGCGCGAGAUGAAGGAAUGCGGAGAAAUGGAUCGUUGGGCGCUUUGAAGUAAGGAAGACAACUCGGGGAACAAGAGAGGAUGGCUGCCGUGUUGCGGACAAGCCACGGAGAAGCGGAACGUGAGGAGGAGGUGGCGGAGGAGUCGAGCGAUGAUGAGAUGGCGGGGCGCUCGCGGGAGGACGGUGACACAGACCCCAUCAAGAUCUACCGCAAAGAUGACCACUGCGCGGAGAUGUUCCGCACCUUGACGACAUUCCGGGACUCGUCUUUGCUCACGGACCUCGCUCUGACGACGAGUGGCGGCGCGAGGCUGCGCCUACAUUCCUGCGUCAUGGCUGCCGUCAGCUCCCUGGUCGAGAACGAUUUGAAGCGCGGUGUGAACGAGGGAGAGCACGGGUACUCCAUCUCCUUGGGUCCGGACGUGGACCUCCGUGGCUUGGAUGGGAUCGUGGAAUUCGCUUACACCGGAGUCAUUUCCCAUCUGGAGGAGAGCACGGUGGCGCGCGUGGUAGCUGCGGCUCAGGCCCUGGGCGUCCGCAGAGUGUUGGAUUUUCUUCGCGAGCGGGAGAAGUCCUCCGCCGCCGCCGAAGAGGAAAACACCGGAAGAAGUAUCUGCGCUACGGAACAGAUUGCCAUCAGUCUCCAUUCUAUCCAGCAAUUGUGGAUGGACCGAGUGGGCUGCGACGUCGUUCUCGAUGCGAUCGGAGCGUCGCUCCCCGCCCACAGAGUCGUCCUGGCGGCCAGCUGCGACUUCUUCCGUGGAAUGUUCAGCUCGGGGAUGAAAGAGUCGGCUCUGUCCCGCGUCAGUCUUCCGUUCCUGUCGGCUUCGGACUUGGAGGUUCUCGUCGGAUCCUCCUACGCCGGCGCCCUCCCCCUCAGCUGGAGUCGCGUGUUUGAGAUCACCUGCGCCUCCCUUCGGCUUCAGUACCAGCCGGCGCUUUUCUUGGGCCUCGACUUCCUCCGGCGAGAACUCGAUCCGUACUUCUGCCUCGAUGUGGUAUCGUUCGCCGAAGCUUACCAGGUGGCGGAGCUCCUCCGAGUCGCCGACGAUUUUGUCUCGCGUCGAUUCCAAAAGGUGGCGCGUACCCCCAAAUUCCGGGACCUGUCGGCCGAACGGCUCUCGAGAUACCUGAACAGCCGCGAGCUUUGCGUUCCAUCUGAGCUGGUCGUGUUCGAGGCGGUGGAAAGCUGGAUCCGAGCCGAGCCCGAGACCAGACUUCGACUUGCCAGGGAGCUCAUGGAAACCGUCCGCUUCCCGCUCAUGACGUUUGAGGAAUUCCGCCGGGUCCGGUCGGUGAAACUGUGGUCCGAGCCCGACCUGAAGGGCCUCUACGAAGAGGUGCGGGAGCGUUUCUGCUCCGACGAGGCGGCGCCUCUGAGCCGGUGCCGCGUCUACCUGCCGAAACGCGUUCUAGUCUUGACCGGGGGUGACCGGAUCUCGGAGGACCUGGGCAGGCGGUGUCUGAGCGGAGAAGUCUGGUUCGGGAAUUCCCUGAUGAACCACACGGGAAUAAAAAAGACGAUGGAGUGGAGGCGGCUGGGAGAGAUGCCGGAUCCGGCGAGGUUCUGCCACGAGGCCGCGGUGCUCAAGGAUCAACUGUACGUGUUCGGUGGGAAAAAAUACUACGGCGCAGAAGACACCUUGAACUGUGUUUACAGGUACGACCCGAUCCGAAACAGCUGGGAGAGAAUGGCCGACAUGACGAACAAGAGGUGCUGCUUCUCCGUGGUGGCGGUCGGCGACAACGUGUACGCCGUCGGGGGGCGCUGUCACCGCCGUUACUUAGACAGCGUGGAAUGCUUCUCACCUGCUGCUAACUGUUGGAGCGUUGCUCGUCCCCUGGAUCUGGCCCUCGGUGGACACGUCGCCAAAGUUUUGCAAGGGCGGAUCUUCAUCUCGGGAGGACUUAACGACGAGAAUCCCUGUCUGGCGUCUCUCUUUGUGUACCGCCCCGACAAAGGCAGCACCUACCUGGCAAGCAUGUCUCGAGCGCGCGCUCGCCACUGCGCGGAGACCCUGGACGACCUUCUUUACGUGGCGGGCGGGAUCACGUCGGACGCUAACCGGACGGCGAUCGAUCUGCUGGCCUGCGAGGUGUACGAUCCCGCCGCGGACGCGUGGACGGCUUUCUCGGCCCUGCCGGUGCCUCACGUGGGGGCGGGGAGUGCCGUUCUGGAAGGGAAGCUGUACGUGCUGGGCGGGUACAGUCGGGAGGACUACGGCGAUAUUAAGAUGGUCCACCGCUACGACCCCGCCGCGCGGAGGUGGGAAAACAUGGGAAAGAUGCCGGGUCCCAACAACGACCUGCGAGCGUCUGUAUUGCUGUUGCCGCCGAGUGUACGCGUGUCGAAGGACAUUUCGGACAGUUAAUUGCUCCGGGAGCGCUUCGAGUCUCACGUGGAUUUUUAACCAGCUGCUAUGUUUUACUUACGACCGCGUCGAGCGCAGACUGAAAUACUGCGUUUGUACUUUAUUUUGUGCUAUUUUUGUUUGUCAUUGCGGAGUCAAAUAAAAAUCAAUCGCACGCCG